AUGACAAGCCCUCAAUACCUCGACGCGCCCCAGCUAACUGAUGCCCAAGCUGGAACAAUAACAUCGAAUAUUAAGCCAGGAUCACCCGGUGUUACUUUUACUACGCCGAAUGCCGAAGUAGUAAUACCACUGGUGCCAGGCAUAACACCUAUCCUGAGUAAAGUUUCGGUACCGAACCCGUUGACGAAUGUCCUUGAAAUCACGGUUACAUUCACACCAGCGACUUCAGACACACCAGUUCAGCUAACAUCACCGAAAGGAACGAACAUAGUUGACAACUUUCCGAUUACACCAUUGAAAGAAGGCAGCACAAUAACUAUCGCCUUCCUAACAACUGCUAACCAACCACCAGAGAAAGUAACCCUAUCCGUGAUCGCAUGCUUUGCACCAAGCACCGCCACAACAAUUAUCAGUAGUACUACUGAACUGACAACAGGUACAGUAUAUAAAGCACUACAUAUACGCCGCUCAUAG